GUAUGUGAACAAACACACACAAACCCCACUCAUUCCUCUCCAGCUAUCUCGAUGUCAACAGCUUUCAAAUCCAAAAAACUCUCUCUUUCUCUCAACCUGCAUUAGGGUUUAUCUUGAAACGUGAAUCCAACAAAAUCGUUGUCACCACCAUCACUCGCAACAGCUACACCACCUUCUACAACAAAAUCGAUGUCCAUGGUCCACCUUCUCCGCCUAAACGAUCUGAAAACCCCCCACCACAACCGUGAACAGAAUCUCGGUAGUGGUUAUAGUGUGAAAACCGCGAGCGGUGCUGAGUCGGAGACAUGGAUCUGAAUUCAUUGGUUAAAGGGCUCGAGAGUAGGUCUCGUUUGGGGCCGUCGGUGGUACAAAAUGCAUCGACAAGAAUGGUUCUAUGUGUCGAAAGAUCUAUGGACCUGGUUGGGUCCGAUUGGGCUCGACUGUUCGUCUUCUUUACACGUAAAGAUUAGACAAAGACGACACCUUGUGAGAACAAGAUGGAGAAGAAAGAUGCAACAGGGUGGAGAUAAAUCUCCACCUGAAGCUUCCAUUUACUUAAAAUUGUCUACAAUUCAGAAAAAGCUGUUAGAGAUAUUGCUUCAAAGAAAGGCCUUCAAGGAUUGUUUUCUGCAAGUUGUUUGAUUGGAUUUGGGGGGAUUUUAAGGGAAAAGUUGGAAGGAAGAAGAAGCACACUGUGAAGAUGGAGAAAUGGACUGGAUGUAUAAUUGGAGGAAUCAUUUUGUGAUUAAGGUUUUUUAAUAUAAUUCACGGUUGCUGAUGAAUGAGGCUGUGUUGGUUACCGAUUCAACAUUAUCAUUUUUGUUGGGAAAAGUUAUCCCAGGAAGAAGUUUAGCUUUAACCGGGUUGUCAUAUGAUACCAAAGAAUAUGCAUUUUAUGGUUUCAUUUAAUUUUUUGCCUUUUUCUUUGAUCUGGUUAUAGAGAGAUGAUUGUAUAUGGUUCUUGUGUGUAGGUUUAUAAUUAUUUGUUUUAUGAUGAUAUAUUUUGUGAUAUAGAUGAACAAAAAGCAAAACUAUUUUUUUAUGUUUAGUUUCUAUUUUCAAGGAUCAUGUAUAUGAUGAUGUGAAUCAAUUUGGUUAUUGUGAAUAAGUUCUUGGGUUGUUUUCUUAAUAAUGUGCUAUUAGAAGAGUAACUUGAAAUCUGAUCUUCAACAGGAAGAAAGAGACUCUAUUUGUUGAAGAGCAAGGUAUAAACAAUUGGCCAACUUAUGAAACAACUUAUUCAAAACAGAUUUUUUUAGCCUGAAAUGAGUGUUUUCUAUUUUUGUUUUCUGCACCAAGUUGUCUAAGGUGGUGCACAUAAUAACAUUUUUAGUUAUUAUUUCUUUUGUGUGUGAAUUUUCUUAUUCUUGAAUGUAUGUAGUAGAAAAAAUUCUGUCAAAUCGUGUUGAUGUGCAUUGAAUAAGUACAAAAUAGCUUAUUUUGUUAA